UAAUUUAGCUUUUAUGAUGCAAUUCGACGAUCAAAGUUUCGUUUUUUAAAAUAUUAUCUUCUGCUGACUUUAGAAUAAGCCAUCUUUUUUCUUUAUUAUUCUUUGAUUUAUAUUAUAGUAACCACCAAAAUGGCUCUUAAACGCAUUCAAAAGGAACUAAAUGAUAUCUGCAAAAACCCGCCAGUUGGAAUUAGUGCUGGACCUACUUCUGAGGAAGAUAUGUUCAGUUGGACAGGUACAAUUAUGGGACCUAAUAAUAGUUGCUACAAAAGUGGAAUUUUCCGGCUAAAAAUCGACUUUUCUCAAGAUUAUCCAUUUAAGCCACCUUCAGUUAAAUUCAUCACUAGAAUUUAUCAUCCUAAUAUUGACGAUGACGGUUCUAUUUGUGUAAAUUUGUUAAAAACUGAUGUUUGGAAGCCUGCAACGACGAUCUCUCAUGUACUUGAAGCUAUUGCUGAUCUUCUUGAGAAUCCAAAUCCCGAUGAUGCUCUGGUUGCAUCUAUUGCUGAAGUUUAUAAUACAAAUAGAGCAAAAUUUACUAAGACAGCUAAAGAAUAUGUUAAAAAGUAUGCUUCCUCAUAGAUAAUAAUCAUAUGCCGUUUGAUUUGUACGAUUUGUUGAUGGAGUUUAUCUGAAAUUAUUGUUUUGGGAAAUAGACUUAUAUACUUAUAUAUUUGUAUACCAAUUUAAUUGUUUUUAUUGCAAUUUUGUAAAGAGAGAUUUUUUUCAAGUAAAAAAAAAAAAUUCUAUUUGUGUCUAAUUUUCUCUUUAAAAACAUGUUACAAU